AUGGGUGAUAGUGACGAUGACUUUGAUAGUCGACGAAAUCGAGAUAAAUUCCGUCGUGAACGUGAUGAUUUCGGUGGAAAUCGAGGAAGUCAUAAUCGCGGCGGCGGUGGAGAAUGGAACGAUGGAAGAGAUCGAUCUAAUCAGUUUCGACGACAAUAUCCCACCGGUCCGCCGCCAGGACGCGACUUUCCACCACGAUACAAUCGAAGUCCAGCAAGAUAUGACAUGAGUCCACCACAAAAUAAACGUUUUCGUCGUGAUUGGGAUGGGCCCGAUGCGCCACCAUCUCAUUUCGAUUCACCUGGCGGUUCAUCUUACUUUCAUGGUGGUAAUGGAAACUUUCACCCCAAUUUCCCUCCGAAUCCAUCUUCGAAUAACGAUCAGAUAAAUAAAGAUGCAUCCGAUAAUGCAACGCAACCGCCAUUGCUCAGUUUUAAAACUUUUCUGCUGGAUCAAGAUGAUAAUAUCGAUCAAGAAGAAGCUGUUAAACGAUACAAUGUUUAUAAAACAGACUUUAAGAAAAAUCAAAUAGCAGAAUUUUUCACAGCACAUAAAGACGAAGAAUGGUUUAAAUACAAGUAUCAUCCGGACGAAUUUCCUAAACGUCGUGAAGAGCAAAGGCAAACCGUCAAAAAGCGUUUAGACAUCUUUAUGGAUUUAUACAAUAAAGGCUAUCUAAACGAUGUUAGCCUUGACAGCGACAGCCAACAUGCACUAACAAAAUUUCUUGACGCUGCUGUCAUUAAAAUGGAAGGUGGAAGUGAUCGCGAUCUUCGAAUACUUGACGUUCUGUCAUCAUCGGAUAAACCAGCGAACGAUGAUACAAAUUCGAAGAAGUUAUCAGUAAAUAAAAGAAAACGCGAAGGUAGUGCAUCUGAUGAUGGCGCAGUAUCUGAUACUGAUAAUGGAACUUCUCACGUUGAAUCCAAGAGUAAUAACGAAGUAAAAUCAUCAUCAUCACAAGAUAAUGAAUCCGAAGCAGGCGAAGUACCUGAUGCGCCGCGAUCUCUACAUAAAACAUCAUCGAUAUUUUUCCGACACUUGGCCAUGCAAACAACGAAAGAUGAUCUUGAAAAUCUCUGUAAGCAAUAUGCUGGUUUUCGUCGUGUGUGUAUUACUGAUCCAGCACCCGAAAGGAAAUUUUCUCGACGUGGCUGGGUCACUUUUGACCACAAUGUUGAAAUCCGUAAUAUUUGCUAUGAAUUGAAUUCAACCAAGCUGCACGAUGUUGACAUCGGUGCUAUUGUCAAUCGUGAAAUUAAAAAUCGUAUUCGUACUGUCAAUGGUAUUGAACAUCAUAAAACUAUCGUACGUAAUGAUCUACGACAUAUUACAAAAAUUAUCAAGCUAUUCGACGAUCGAUGGAAUAUCUGGGAAUCGAUUGGCAAUGAAACCGAACAGAAAAAGACCGAACCAACGACGAUUUCAACGCCAACAGAUGAUUCGGAGAUUUCAUCGUCCACCAUGAAUGUAUCGCCUAUGAAAAAUAAAAAUCCAAUUGGUUUCGUUAGUUACAAUCCGCUAUUGAAAAAUAUCACAGAAUAUCUCGUAGAAGAAGGCGAUGCAGAAGAAGAAGAAUUGCUCGGUGGCGACUCGUCGACAAAUGAUGAAAACGCAUCGAGCUCGUUUGAGGUUGAUAAAGAGUUAACAAAAGUGCUCGAUCGUUUGAUUUUAUAUCUGCGCGUUGUUCAUUCGAUUGAUUAUUACAAUGGCUCAGAAUAUGCACAAGAAGAUUCAAUGCCGAAUCGUUGUGGUGUAAUACAUGUUCGUGGUGCACCGUUAACAUCUAUUACUCAAGCUGAAUUAAAGAAUUUCAUCGAACAAUUUGAAACACGUAUUGCAUCACUCGUUGAUUUUCAAGAGAAAAUUGAUGACGAUGAAGCUGACAAAUUAGGUCUCAAAAGUGAACAAGAUGAGAUUGAAAAGUUUAUCAAUGCAAAUUGUCAAGAAGUUGGUCCUGAAAAAUGGUCGUGCCCAUUAAGUGGAAAGAAAUUCAAAGGUCCAGAAUUUGUUCGAAAACAUAUUUUGAAUAAACAUCACGAUAAACUCGAUGAAGUGAAAAGAGAUGCUGCAUAUUUUAAUAACUAUCUCUAUGAUCCGAAACGGCCACAAUUACCAGAGCAUCCAUCGAAUCGAGCGGGAGCACCUCAGGUAGGACCUCAUCCUUCAGGUCUACCAUUACCUACACCAAUGGCUGCUCAACCAUUAUUAUCCCGACCACCACUAUGGCCUUCAAUGUCUGCGCCUCAACAUCAUGGACCUCCAGGAGGUUAUUUUCCAAAUCAAUUUCAUCAACCCCGUCAUCACCGACCUCCGUUUAUGUAUCAAGGUGGCGGUGGUGGUGGGCCUCCCGUUGGCUCGAAUCCUCGCCCACCGGGAAAUCGACAAAUUCGAAGUUAUGAAGAUCUCGAUGCACCGAACGAAAUCUGA